AACACAGAGGCACGGGAAGUGUACAAUCUAUCUGUUGUACUUCUAGGGUUGACUCAGUCAAACUACAUUCUGAGAGCGCGUAGAGAACAACUUUGGCCUACUUGCAGUCAUGGACUCAGAGAUUCUGAACGUAGAGGAGAUCGUGAUGGGGGGAAUCCCAAAUCCACCUCCUGAAGCUCCCCCUGAAAAGCCAGCAGAGCCGUGCAAACCUCUCGUUCUGAAUGGACCUCAGGCACCUGCUGUCCAGUCCUACCAGCAUGAAAACCUGCAGUGUUUCCAGUGUUUCAUCACAUUCUGCAAUGCCAAAGCCAAGGAGAGGCACAUGAAGAAGAGCCAUCGGGAAGAGUACAAACAACAGCUUCAGCAGGGAAACACGCUGUUUACAUGCUACGUGUGCGACCGCUCUUUUCCAUCGUCAGAGGAAUUAACACAACACCAGCCAAUGCACAGCAGUGACGACAAACCCUUCAAAUGCAUUCACUGCAAGGAGAGCUUUAAAACGUUUUCAGAGCUCACAACUCAUAGGAGACAGGUGUGUCCAGAGAGACAGAUUGUUUGUAAAGAUUGCAACGCAGUCUUCCGUAGUCCUGGCCUGCUGCGGACUCAUCGCCUGACCCAGCAUCCACGCCCGGAUGAGACUGCAGAACAGCUAGAGGACCCUACAAAAACCCAUCACUGUAAGAAGUGCGGGCAGGGGUUUGAAGCCGAAUCAGAGCUGCUGGAGCACCAGGAGAAGUAUCCUGAAGGUCAGCAAUGCAAUGGCAGCGCUUCACCCAUCAAGAAACGUGGGCGGCCUCCCAAAACCGAAGACCCCGCAGGUGGUGAGAAAAAGGGGAAGAAAAGAAAGAAGGACGAGGUAGAGGAGACGGCGAAGGCCAGCAGCACGUUGGAGCCAGCAGAAGAAAAGGGAAAAACAGUCGGAGCGAAGCGUGGCCGUCCUCCCAAAGCAACUCCCAAAUCAGAAACGGAAGACGUAAGUGCCGAAGAUGACCCUCAGGGUCAAGCAAAGGAGAUGAAGCCUAAAGCAGAGCCCACUCCACCCCGUCAGCACCCCUGUCCCGACUGUGACCUCGUGUUCCCUGGCUUGGUUCAGCUCCGCGCCCACAAGAAGGAGAAACACACGCCACGGAAAGCCCAUCCCUGUGAGGAAUGUGACGAGAGCUUCGCCCGUCCCGAGCAGCUGGACGCCCACAUGUUGCGGGCUCACGCCGUUGGACGCUUCGCCUGUCCGACCUGCGGGAAGAGCUUCAGCCGUGAGCGCACCCUGAGUGCUCACCAGAAGAGCCACCCAGAGGAGAAACCUGAGACCCCAAGUGCAAAAAGAUAAUUAGAACAUGGGGACCCUGCAGAAAAGUUUGUGCUUUUUGAAUAUUUUUAGUCAUGAAGUUGCCCCUUUUUCUUUUAGGUUGGAGGACAAUAUAGUUGAGAAGGUUUUCCAAACACCUUUGAGAAUCAUUUUUUAAGAGGUUGUCAAAUUUGAAUCUGUUUGAU